AUUUUUAUUUCAACUAAUUUGUAGAUUUUACUCUAGUGGAGAAGCCAGUCGUGCUAAGUGGGUAUUAUUGUGUCGAUUUUCUAGCUUGGUUGAUUUUAUUUUGUAGUUUUUGCUGCAAAGUUCGUUUCGCCGCUAGAUGGUGCCACCAUUUUUAAUCAAAAAAUCAUGUGGCAAUGGACAUAUUUGUAUGAUUUGAUAAGAAAUUGUGAUGGUGUCAAAACAUAUUUGUGAAAUUAAUAAUGAUAUAAAAAUGAGUUGUGUGACCAAUCGGUAUUUGGAAUCGAUAAUCGAGAUUAUAAGAAAUUUGUUGAAUUCUUGACCGGGGUAACAACAUGAGUUGAAAUGAAGAAAGUUAAAAAUUCCACAGAUAUUCACCAAAAACAGGGCCAGGAGCUGUCUAAAAAGCUGUAUAGAUCAACAACCGAACAUGCUAAACGUUUAGACGAUGCUCGAAGCUGCGCCCGAACCAUCGGCGACUUGUUCACCCCAAGUCUGCAAAUCAAGCGUCGAAAAUUUUGCGAGUACUGCGAACAGCUGAUUUUUUCCGACCCCAUGUUGUAUGGGAAGAAGGGCGAAGAACUGCUUUGGCGCAAGGGGUAUUACGACGUGGUUUCUACGGCGAAGAAGCUGAAAAAGAGGGAGUAUAGUCAGGAGGAGAUAUGCAACUUGCAGACGCACAUUAACGCCGGAAUUGGCUUCUACCACCACUUGAUCUCUAGGUUGCAGUGCGAAUUUAACCUAGAUUUGACCCAUGUGAUAGAUUUUUCUGUCGAGUCACAGGCCAACAGUGACGUCAGAAGCGAUUGUUUGGAUUGGGCGACUUCGUCCGUACAUCAGUGUUUGAUUUAUUUGGGGGAUUUGAGUAGGUACCGGCUCGAGGUUAACCCAAAAAGCGAGCCCAUUUUGGCGUUUCGGUAUUAUUUACAAGCAAUUUCGUUCAAGUCGGACCACGGGAUGCCCCACAACCAAAUGGGGACUCUAGCGAUGAAUAGAAACAAAUUCUUAGAUGCGGUUUAUCAUUACAUGCGUUGUUUGGCUUGCACGGUUUCCUUUGAAGGAACCAUCAAUAAUUUGCAUAGCUUGUUUGAUAAAAAUUCCAAGUACUUGGAACAGUUACCACUAGAACCAAACCCCGACUGUAUUUCCCAGACUGACAAAAACGACCAACUUAAACGCUUCAUCGCUAGGUUCCUUCUCCUAAUAGACAUAUGGUACUUUAACAAAAAAGUCACCAAAGUAUACAGUUUGUGUCACCAGACUUACAAAGACCUUGAAGAAUGUUUAUCUUUAUUGAAAACGACAAACGAGAGCUGUGAAUCCCCCACGGAGAGCGAAACCGACUCCGUUACGUCACCAGAACUGCUAAGCAACGAUAUGAUUUUCAAAAUCGUAGUAAUCUGCCUCCUCUGCAUCUCCAAACUCCAAAAAACCGGCCACAAUCAAGUUUCCACCGCCGUUGCUUUCACCCUUGCCAUUUACUCCCAAUUGGUCCAAAACGUGACCAACCACAUCCACGAAAGCGUCCUAAACUACCCCCUACCAGAAGUCGAAGUAAAAAUGGAGCAGACAAACGGAAUCGUUACCGAUCUCCUGAAGAAGAACCACCGAAAACGAAACACUUCGAAACUGCGACGCCGUAAAGCUUUACCGGUCGAGAUCGAGUCGGACGCCAGCGAAGGGGAAGACCCGGCCGAAGCCGAAUCCGCGGCGAGUUCGGACGACGACGACUCGUUUGUUUCCGACGACGAGAAUAUUCUGGCGGAAUCGUCCGACGAGGAGUCGGACGUGAAGAAAUCCGACGAUUCUGUGAAAGAAGAGAAUAAAGAAAACGGGACUGAGAACGAAGACAAAGUCGAUGUGAUUAAGAAAAUCAAACGGAUGGAUGUUAACGAUAUGCUCGAGAUUAUCACAGAAGAGGGAUCUUUGCAAGCUGUUAAGGUGAUAAAUGAUUGGUUGAUGCAGGAUACGGAAAUUAUUAAGUCAUGCGGGACGAAUACUAGGAGUUUGUUGCGACAGAUCACAAAUAUGUUGAAUUUGAUUAAUAUUAAUAUCAAAAGUUCAAAGAUAUCUGGGAUCAAGUUGAAUGUCGCUAGUGUGAUCAAGAAUGAAGAGAAAAUCCCGUUGAGCGAAGAUAUCGUCUUGAAAGGGGUUGAGAUUUUGGCGAAAGCUCACAACGACUUGGAUUGGAAUUACUUGCAUAAGCAUGGGAUGAACACUAAGGAGGAAAGUGUUACUAGGAUCAUAAAAUUUAUGUCGUUUGGGAAAUUUUUGACUAGUAUUGAGGAGACGGGUAUUACUUUUGAUGAAGAUAAGAAUGUUUUUGUUUGCAAGUGUGAAGAUAAUGAGGAGGAGAAGCCGUCGAAUGCCAUUGUUGAAGAUCUAGAACAAGAAGCCGAAAGCGGCUCCGUCAUCACGGACAAGCUCGACGACAAAGAGGCCGACAAUAAGGGCCAGCUUAUGAAAAUGAAACACAUGGGUCAGCUGUGGCUAGCCUCAGAAGUGCGGGCUUUAGAGAGCCGCGUCCGAGGGAAAGCCUCCCUUUCACCGUACCUAGUCUUGGAUGCCGACGCUUUAAUCAAGUACACCUUCAUGGUAAAGCACUUCGUGCACUCGCGCAAAUUCAUCGUUCUAAUACCAUCCGCAGUUGUUUCAGCCUUGGACGACCUAAAACGCGAGCAGUCGGAGGCCCGGGACGCCAUUCGGUGGCUGGAGUCGCAGUUCCACCGCGGCAACCGGUUUUUCCGGGCCCAGAGACCGCAGGAGAGAGCCGCGAUCCCCUUCAUCAAGUACCCGAAGAAGAAGGACAAAGAGAUGUGCACGUACAUCCAGAUUAUCGAGUGCUGUUAUUUUCUGGCCGAGCAGCAGAAAGGCGCCGCUAAUUUAAUUACGCUCCUCAUCGGCAACCAGAACGUAUUGUCCAAUGGAGAGAAUAAGGAGUUUAGUUAUGUCGGAUUGGCGCAGUCGGCAGGAAUUUCGAUCGAGUCUAUCACACAGUUUUAUAGUAAAUGGAAAAAGAAUUACAAGGCGAGGAGGUGAACGGAGGAGGAGCGGGUUGCGGUUGAUGAGCUCAUUUUAUGAUUCGGUUUUUAACGAAAACUGCGAAGGUGGUUUUAUUAAAGAAGAAACUUUAUUACUGGAAUUUUUAACUGUGAACUAUAGCGCAUUUUAUUUCAUGUCAACUGAUUUUCGUUGUAGUUUUAUCUUUUAUUUGUCAACAAUAAACUAAUUUAAUCAUUCUA